GAAGAAACUGGGACGCUGCCGUCGACGACAAUGGACAUCCUGAUAGAGUCUACCUCCGCCGCUCAUUUCUCUGGUCGGCGUCCUUCCAUGACGACGUCGUCUUCUUCAUUUUUAUCUCCGACUGAUGACGGUCUCGUUGGCCUUACGCAGCCAUUUGUGAUCGGGGUCUCUGGAGGUACGGCAUCAGGCAAGACCUCUGUGUGUGACAUGAUCAUUCAACAACUGCAAGAUCAUAGAGUGGUGGUAGUCUGUCAGGACUCAUUCUACCGUGGUUUGACAGAGAGAGAGUUGAAACGCGUCCAUGAAUAUAAUUUUGAUCAUCCUGACGCCUUUGAUACUGAGGAACUUGUGAAGUGUAUCAGCAAGCUCAAAUCUGGACAGUCUGUUCAUGUGCCAGUAUAUGAUUUUAAGACACAUCAGCGGUCGUCUGAAAAAUAUACGCAGGUCAAUGCAUCUGAAGUAAUCAUUUUGGAGGGCAUAUUGGUUUUUCAUGAGCAACGUGUGCGCGACAUGAUGAAUAUGAAAAUCUUUGUCGAUACAGAUGCUGAUGUAAGGCUUGCCCGCAGAAUAAGACGGGAUACCGUCGACAGGGGCAGAGAUAUGCAGUCGUAUUCAAAAUUUGUCAAGCCCGCCUUUGAUGAUUUCAUUCUUCCAACCAAAAAAUAUGCCGAUAUCAUAAUACCUCGUGGGAAAGAGAAUGUGGUAGCAGUUGACUUGAUCGUUCAACAUAUCCGCACUAAGCUUGGCCAACAUAACCUCUGCAAAAUAUAUCCGAAUUUGAAUGUUAUCCAUUCUACGUACCAGAUCAGAGGCAUGCACACUCUAAUUCGUGACAAGAAUAUAUCAAAGCACGACUUUGUUUUUUAUUCAGAUCGGCUUAUUCGUUUGGUACUGGAACACGGUCUCGGCCAUUUGCCAUUUACAGAGAAGCAGGUUAUCACACCCACAGGAUCAAUUUACACUGGCGUCGAUUUCUGUAAGAGAUUGUGCGGUGUAUCCGUCAUUCGUAGUGGUGAAAGCAUGGAGAAUGCUUUGCGCGCAUGUUGUAAAGGAAUCAAAAUAGGAAAAAUUCUCAUCCACCACGAAGGAGGUGAUGAGACCCAGCUCAUUUAUGAGAAGCUUCCGAAAGAUAUUUCAGAGAGACAUGUUCUCCUUUUGGACCCAGUACUUGGUACAGGUAACUCUGCCAGCCAAGCCAUUGAGCUUCUUAUACGAAAUGGAGUUCCGGAGUCCCGCAUAAUAUUCCUCAACCUCAUCUCCGCUCCUGAGGGAAUACACCGUGUAUGCAAACGUUUUCCAUACCUGAAAAUAGUCACUUCGGAGAUUGAAGUUGGACUAAAUGAAGAGUUUCGAGUUAUACCAGGGUUGGGAGAAUUUGGAGACCGCUAUUUCGGUACUGAAGAGUAAAAGAGAGAGAGAAAAAGACUGAGGGGGAAAGAAGACGAUUCCCAAUGACUGAGAAGGUACGGUCUGAACUUGUGGGAUGCCUAUAUUACUCCUCCGUUCCUAAAUAUAAAACCCUUAUACACACUUGUAUAAGGGUUUUAUAUUUAAGAUUAGAGGAGUAUUCUUUAAAGGCAACUCUUAACUCCUCAAUUG